CUUGUUGUUAACAUGGCGGCGGGAGCUACCGGCACGUCUCCAGGAGGCGGCGGGGCCCACACCCGGAAGACGGGUCUCUUUUCGGCCUAGCGCGGCGGCCGCUGCGGACCCGGAAGUCCGGGCCGGUUGCUGAAUGAGGGGAGCCGGGCCCUCUCCGCGCCAGUCCCCACGCGCACUCCGCCCCGACCCGGGCCCCGCCAUGUCCUUCUUCCGGCGGAAAGUGAAAGGCAAAGAGCAAGAGAAGACCUCAGAUGUCAAGUCAGUUAAAGCUUCAAUAUCCGUACAUUCCCCACAAAAAAGCACUAAAAAUCAUGCCUUGCUGGAGGCUGCAGGACCAAGUCACGUUGCAAUCAAUGCCAUUUCUGCCAACAUGGACUCCUUUUCAAGUAGUAGGACAGCAACACUUAAGAAGCAGCCCAGCCACAUGGAGGCCGCUCAUUUUGGUGACCUGGGCAGAUCUUGUCUGGACUACCAGACUCAAGAGACCAAAUCAAGUCUUUCAAAGACCCUUGAACAAGUCUUGCAUGACGCUGUUGUCCUCCCUUAUUUCAUUCAAUUCAUGGAACUUCGGAGAAUGGAGCAUUUGGUUAAGUUUUGGUUAGAGGCUGAAAGUUUUCACUCUACAACUUGGUCCCGAAUAAGAGCACACAGUCUGAACACGGUGAAGCAGAGCUCACUGGCUGAACCUGUCUCUCCUUCUAAAAAGCACGAAACGACAGCAGCUUUUGUAACCGGCUCUCUUGACAAGAGAUUGGAGGAUUCUAGCCCAGCCCAGUUGGAAGGAGUUGACCUGAAUAGCAGAACUAGCAGCGCUCAGGAUCGCUGGCUGCUUCCCCGGGAGUGUGACGGCGCCCGUCCUCUCCACCUGGAAGCGGCCAGAGCGGGGGCUCGUCGAGGUUCCGUGGAGACCCAGGAGUCCUCCAGACUUACAGUAGCCAGUAGAGAUAGCCCCUCUUCUCCGCUAAAGGGAUUAUCAGGAAAAUUGAUGAAAAGUAUAGAACAAGAUGCAGUAAAUACUUUUACCAAAUAUAUAUCUCCAGAUGCUGCUAAACCAAUACCAAUUACAGAAGCAAUGAGAAAUGACAUCGUAGCAAAGAUUUGUGGAGAAGAUGGGCAGGUGGAUCCCAACUGUUUUGUCUCAGCACAGUCCAUAGUCUUCAGUGCAAUGGAGCACGAGCACUUUAGUGAAUUUCUACGAAGUCACCAUUUCUGUAAAUACCAGAUUGAAGUGCUGACCAGUGGAACUGUUUACCUGGCUGACAUUCUCUUCUGUGAGUCAGCCCUCUUUUAUUUCUCUGAGUACAUGGAGAAAGAGGACGCAGUGAAUAUCCUACAGUUCUGGUUGGCAGCAGACAACUUCCAGUCUCAGCUUGCCGCCAAAAAGGGCCAGUAUGAUGGGCAGGAGGCACAGAACGACGCCAUGAUUUUAUAUGACAAGUACUUCUCCCUCCAGGCCACACAUCCUCUUGGAUUCGACGAUGUUGUACGACUGGAAAUUGAAUCCAACAUCUGCAGGGAAGGUGGGCCGCUCCCUAACUGUUUCACCACUCCGUUACGUCAGGCCUGGACAACCAUGGAGAAGGUAUUUUUGCCUGGCUUUUUGUCCAGCAACCUUUAUUAUAAAUAUUUGAAUGAUCUCAUCCAUUCGGUUCGUGGAGACGAGUUCCUGGGAGGAGGUGUCUUGCUGACGGCUCUGGGCUCUGCCGGCCCCACUGAGGACUCCCACCCCGGGGCGGCCGACAGCUCUGCCGUGCAGUCUAGUGUGAAAAAAGCCAGUGUUAAAAUUCUGAAAAAUUUUGAUGAAGCGAUAAUUGUGGAUGCUGCAAGUCUGGAUCCAGAAUCUUUGUAUCAACGGACGUAUGCAGGGAAGAUGACAUUUGGAAGAGUUAGUGACUUGGGGCAGUUCAUCCGAGAAUCUGAGCCUGAACCUGAUGUAAAGAAAUCGAAAGGAUCCAUGUUCUCUCAAGCUAUGAAGAAAUGGGUGCAAGGAAAUACUGAUGAGGCCCAGGAAGAGCUAGCUUGGAAGAUUGCUAAAAUGAUAGUCAGUGAUGUUAUGCAGCAGGCACAGUGUGAUCAGCCGUUAGAGAAGUCCACAAAGCUAUGACUCAAGACCUGAGAUAAAGGAAAUCUGCUUUUGGAAAAUAGGAGAACUUUUUUCCUUUGGUUGGAUUCUUCCCCACAGCCAGUGAAAAUAGAGCACUGUAUUUCUUCUCACUGUUGUUCCCAAGAAAGAAUGGCAGACAAUCCUAGACUUCCACCGUCGGCAGAGUGUUGCGUAGACACAUCUGCACAUGAUGAUCACACAGUGAAGGUGGUAGAGACAGAGUGGUGUUGUUUACAUUACUAGAGAAUUACUAGUUUUCCAAUGGCAAUAACCCAUGUGUGGAAGAGUGUUACUCCACUGGGAUAGGCAGGGGCCACACGCCAUGGGAGAUGCAGAGGCGUAGAGCCGGUAUUUGAUGCACCUCCCUUGGCGGUGACCCACCCCAACAGCAUCAGACAGCGGGUACCAGAGGGGCCUCGCUUGGUCUCCUGAACAGGCAGGUGAGUCGGCCCCUCAGGAGCCAGGUGGUGUGGUGCCAGCAGGUGGCUUUUCUUCCGGGGAGCGGGGUCUGCACAGAGGCAUUAAUUUGGAAGGAAGCUAACGGGCCAUGGGUCAAGCCUUG